AAUGGCUACGACAAUGAUGUACCAAACAGAGUGAAUGCGGACAAUUCACAAGCUGCUCCAGGAAAGAAAGUCCCACCCCCUGUAAAACCCAAACCGAAACGUCCCAACUCUACCAUACAAGACCAAGUGAAUGAAAAGGUACUGGUCAAAUAUUUUGAGUCCUAUGCAUUUUAAUUUUUUUUCACGCUUUAGUUUUCAUAUAUUCUCUGAAAUUGUUUGCCAUUGAAAACAUAGAUUUUGUUGAUUUGAGUUUGUUCAGGGUCGUGGCUAAAGGGGAUGGACUAGAGGCAGGUUUUCAAGAUGGCCGCCAGUUUUUAAGAUCAUUAAAACGUAAAAGAAUCAACCAGCCACUUGCAACAAUACUAAACCUUACUGUUACCCCACACCUAACCCCCACACUUAACCCCCACACUAACCCUAAUACUAACCUUGCCCCACACCUUCCCCUAAUCCUGACCCCCACACUAACCCUUAUACUAACCUUACCCACACCUUACCGCUAUCCUAACCCCCACACUAACCCUAAUACUAACCUUACCCCACACCUUACCCCUAAUCCUAACCCCCACACUAACCCUAAUACUAACCUUACCCCACACCUUCCCCUAAUCCUAACCCCCCACACUAACCCUUAUACUAACCUUACCUCACACCUUACCCCUAAUCCUAAUCCCCACACUAACCCUAAUACUAACGCAAGCUCUUAUUUCAAUUUUGGAAGCAUCUCGUAACUACCUCUCGUCCAUCCCUUUUAGACAUUACCGUUCGUUCAUGUCUUACAACGCUGUUUCAAAUUUAUUAUUACUAUUUAUUAUAUUUAAAAAUGUAUUACUGUAUAUUUGAUGCUAUUUCCUUGAAACAACCUUUUUUAACAUGUAUGUAUUCUCAAACCCUUCUAGCCUGCAGUUCAACAACAAAGCUAUAAGCCAGUACCAGCUCCUAGGCGAAGUCUCAGUACUGGUGGAACAUUAGAUCGUAUCAAACGAUCUGACGAGGAGACUGUAUCGGUCCAGUUAUUACGCGGUCAGCAAGGUUAUGGAUUUAGUUUACGAGGUGGUCAAGACCUUGGAAUGCCGUUGUUUAUUUUAAGAAUGGCUGAUGGUGGGACUGCACAUAGAGAUGGAAGAUUAAUGGUAAGAUUUACCGAGUUGUUUGUGAUGUUACUCUGAGUGUAUAUGAGCUUGAAAAAUAUGCCCGGCCACGGUGGGAAUCGAACCUUCGACCUUUGGAAUACUAGGCCCAAUGCUCUGCCAACUGAGCACGCGGUCAGGUCAGUUCGAGUAAGUGAUAUUUCGGAACAGAAUCUAGUUCCUUCGAUACCAAUGUAAUCUAGUAGUAUAGUUGGUGUUGUGUACUCAGGUGGAUAUGAUGUUUGUGAUGUUACUCUGAGUGUAUAUCCACACCGGGCGAGCUUGAAAUACAUGAGUACACAACACCUGAGUACACAACGCCAACACAGAAAAAAUCAUAUUUACCGAGUGUUUCAUCACAGUGGUUUAAUAGCAAAUGUCAAGUUAGUUUAGUUAAAGUUUUAAACUCCUGUAUAAAUAACGCCGCAGAAAAUUUUGUAUAAUUACAGCUUGUACAAUACUAGCAUUUUGUUCGAAUUUUUGUGACCGGAGCUAUACCUUAAUUUACACACAUGCGUAUUAGACAGUAACUUUGAGCCUUAUGGCGAGCAGAAAGUUUAUAUAUUUUAGUUUAUGUUUUGUUGGGUUUUUAACGGUAAAUAAAUUCAUCUUUUUUAUGAAAGUGAGUUUUUAAAGAGCCUAGCUAGAAUCAUACCGUAAGACUUUCAACAUCUCACUAAAAUAUUGUUUGUUUCGUUAAGGUUGGUGAUGAGUUGAUUGAAAUCAAUGGUCAGUCGACGUCCAAUAUGAACCACAGUGAUGCUAUAGAUGCCAUAAAACGAGGAGGAAAUUCUCUCAACGUUAUUGUUCGUCGAUCUAGCAAACAAGCAUAUAUGAGUAAGUAUAACAAGUAAAGCGUCUUGCCGAUGUAGGUAGUGCCAAUCAAAUGAACAAGCUUUCGUUGCUAGGGAUGCAACUACCUGAAAAAUAUGAGGAGAAUUUCGUCUGGAGUUACUAUAAGUUACAAAGGGCCUUCGCCAGGGCCGCCGAGAGGUUGGCGGGGGCCCGGGGCAAAUUAUUUUUUAGGGGCCCCUAUCUAAAAAAUUUUUGCGGAAAAAAUUUUUUCGGAGAACAACCUCCCUCUCCCCCUGCCGGUGACAACUUUUUAGGUAAAAAAUUUUUCCGGACGAAUACGUUGCAAUUGCUUGCCAGGGACUUUAUCUCAUUUUUUCAUGCCAAAUUUCGGUACUUAGCAAAAAAAACCCAGAUAUCUUGUCCUUUGUGCGGAAAUAUUUCACACACAAAAAAGACUGGGGCCCAACAAAAAAUUUUCAGGGGCCCCCAACACCUCGGGGCCCGGGGCAAUUUGUCCCCCCCCAUCUGGUGUACGAAAAUGACUGCUGAUGCCAAUUCGUCAGUUUAUGGCGAACUUUGAAAUCUUUACAUGUUCUUAUCUGAGCUAUACCUGUACAUACGCCAGGUUAAGAAUCAUCUACAACUAGUUGGUAUCGUGUAGAUGGAGUUUUGAGCGGUAAGGGGCCUUAAAAUUCAUUACCCUUUUAGUUGUAAUGCGCGCCAUAAUUUAUUAUUUAACUCUGUCUAAUGCCAGACGAUUUUACUCGUCAAGGGAAGAAUGCUGCCAUGCACUCAGUGGGUUAAGAAUUAAGAUAAUGUUCUUUUUUAUGCCAAGAACUCCUUCUGACAUUAAAUUCUCUUAAUUAGCAAACACAUUACCAAAUGGCGGACACAAUUCUGGA